AUGGGUGAUGAUGAGUGGGCCCAGAUGUCCACGGCACGGAGUAGGAGUGGGCUUUUGAUACCAGUUCUGGUUUAUAUAAUGGUCCAGCCCUGCCUUGAAUGUGUGUGCUUGGCUGCAAAUUUAUCAAUCACCUUCUUGAAGGUUCUUCUCUGGUUGAUCCUGCUGGGACUGUUUGUGGAACUGGAAUUUGGCCUGGCUUAUUUUGUCCUGCCCUUGUUCUACUGGAUGUAUGUCGGGACACGAGGUCCCGGGGAGAAGAAGGAGGGAGAGAAAAGCGCCUACUCUGUGUUCAACCCGGGCUGCGAAGCCAUCCAGGGCACCCUGACUGCAGAGCAGUUAGAGCGCGAGUUACAGCUUAGACCCCUGGAGGGGAGAUAGGAGCAGCUCUGCUGCACGCCUUGGCCCUCCUAGCCCUUGGCCGUGGACUUGUGGGGUUGUUCAGGCGCCCCAGACUAAGGACAGCUUGCAGGCUAGUCCUGUGACCGCACAGUUCUACCUGUUUUCCCUGAUCUGCUGCAGUUUUAUCUUUGAACUUCUCUUUGGUUUUGGUGAAAUUCCCUGAAAGAUACUCACUGUGUAUCUGAUGCAA